AUGGCUGACACCGCUGCCCCAAUCGAGCUUCCUGUCAUUGACAUCUCCAACCCGCAUGACCCCGCCGUGGGGAAGGCAAUGCUUGAUGCAGCUGCCAAGUAUGGUUUUUUGUAUGUGAACAGCAAGGGUACUGACUUUUCCGUGGAGGAUGUGGAUCGUGGAUUUGGUUUGUCCAAAAAGUUCUUUGCCUCCCCCGCUGCGGAGAAAGAGACAUGCCGGAUCACCCCGAACAACCGUGGCUGGUCAGGUAUGCAUACUGAGACUCUUGAUCCGGAGCAUCAGCGGACUGGAGAUUUCAAAGAGGCCAUGAACUUUGGAGAUUUCAAAGACGGCAAAGCGCAGCAGCCUCUGCCCCCAUCACUGGCACCACAUGAAUCUGAGAUCCACGGCUUCGCAGAGCUUUGCAACAAGACCUGCAAUCGGAUCCUCACCCUCCUCUCGCUAGGUCUGGAGAUGCCGGAAGAUUUCUUCACAACUCGUCAUGACCCCAGUGUCGGCCCAACAGGUAGCAUUCUUCGCUACUUGUACUACCCUUCCAUCUUCUCGCCAGCAACGGCAAGCUACAAGCAUGACAAAGACGUGCGCGCCGGUGCCCACUCUGACUACGGUAGUAUCACGCUUCUCUUCCAGCGACCCGGACAGCCCGGCCUGGAGAUCUUUACUCUGGAGAAGACUUGGGCGCCUGUUCCUAUCAUCCCCGGCGAUAAUGCAGAUGCGUACCCAUUCCCGCCUAUCUUGGUUAAUAUUGGAGACCUCCUCAGUUACUGGACGGAUGGCCUGUUGAAGUCUACCGUGCAUCGGGUCGUGUUCCCCUUAGCGGAACAGCGGAGUCCAAACCCGCAGGAUCGGUAUACGCUGGUUUACUUCUGUCAUCCGGUUGAUGCGACAGAGUUGGUCCCCGUUCCUAGUGAAAUUGUCAAGGACCAUCGGGCAAAGGUGGGAAAUGUUGGGGUGGUUGGAUUCGGAGGUGGCGCCGGUUCUAUGGAGCCGGGGAAGAGGCCCUUGACGGCACACGAGCAUUUGGAGUCAAGACUGGCAGCCACUUACGGAUUCGAAAAGGCCGAGUAA